AUGUCUACGAUCCCACCACUGUACCCACCGCCAAGCGCUACAAAGCUGCGACGGCGCCGCGUCCUACCUCGAGGCUCCUCCCAUCCCUAUUUAUUCACCUUGAUGACGCUCACGGCGAUGACGGAACUCGGCCUUACCGCAUUCCUCAUCAGCGCUGGGGGCCAGACGUAUGCCUGGGCUAGCCCGGGGUAUUAUUCCCUGUGUGUAUUGCGACUUCGCCGCGGUCUCGCCCCGAACAGAUUGAUCCUAGUGUGCUUCAUGGCUGCAUGGACAGUGCUCUUCGCUGGCGCAUACGUCCUCUGGGCGCUCGAUGGCGGCGUCCAUCUUCUCGCCAACGUCGCCAGCUCAGUCAUCUGGCUGCUCCUCACCUCGGUUUUAUGGGGCGCUGGCGCCGGGCUGAUGCACAGCACUCGUGUGAGCAGCGAUUGCCCCGAAAGCGCCUCCAUAUCGCGGUGCCGACAGACAGUCACGGUCGAAGCCCUUGGCUGGACAGAGUUUGGAUUGUGUUGUAUCACGCUGGGCGCGACGCUCUUCUGGCUGCGACAGGGAAUGAGGAAGUCGGGGUAUGCGCGAGAUUCACGGACCUUCGUGUAG